AUGAUUAGUUCCUCGACAGCUCUCAGCGAGCACAGUUUCGAGAGCGACGAGUUCUUCCCAAUUAAAGACACUAUCAACGAAAUCAUAAUGCUUUACACCGCUGGAGACGAGGUUGCUGCUAACGUAAAGCUACGAGAGCUCACGGAUAACAUAAUAACGGCAUCUAGCAAAAGCAUUGAUGAACUGUUUUCAUACAAAUGUCUUCACUUAAUUUUUAGCUUCGUGGGGGAUGGCGCCCAUGAGUUGUCCCUGCAUUUGCUGUCCUUUUUGACUAUCUUCUCCCAAAAUUUCCAUAAGCUGCAAGAAUUCAGUAGCUCAUCAACUGGCAACUUAAACGCCUUUCUGAAGCCACUCAGACACAUAGAUAAUCCAGAAAUUUUAGUAACAUACUCUGAUUUUUUUCGGGACUUGUCCUUUACACAGAAUCUCAACUUAGGCUAUACUAUCCUCGCCCAUAUCAUUACUAGCAUGUUUUCUGAAGAUUCCUUUUCCAAGGUCCAAAAUUUUGGAGCCGUACUUAAGCAGCUGCUUUCACCGCACAAUAUACAGAUUGCUGACUUCUUUCUAAAGUAUCUGAAUAUAUAUCUUUCUGAAAACUACUCAGAAAUAGUCGGCUAUGGUAAAUUGUCUGCCCUCGAGCUGGCUGAUAAACUCAGGUCCUUAGAAGCAACUCUUGCCUUCCCACGAAACGAGAAGCAGUCUAUUUGUGAGCGGCUGACCAUCCUAGAUGAGGAGAGUGCACAUAUGGAGCAACGGAGCCGAACCCCAAGCUUGGCCCAAAACCUGACCUAUGCACCCUGUCCCCUGCCUCAAACCCUGCAAACUAGCUGGGGAGUUAUUAACAGAACGUCACGGUCAUGUACACCUAUUCUAAUUGCGAGCAGAGAAUACCCUGGAGAUUAUCAGCGAAGGCAACUGUGCAUUGAUCAGUGUCUCGAUACACACUCUGUCCCAGAAACAGCUACAGAAUUAGAUGACAGAGCGAUGGACGCGUUCUUUACAGCAAUCACAUGCUUGAUGGAGACCCUCCCUCUGGGGUUUUCCCUAGCAAUGGAUAUUAUUACCAUGAGCAGAGAAUCAUUGCAGCAAGAUGAGCAAAUAGAUCUGACCCAAGACUUUGAGGAAAGGCGUUUCUCAGGCAGCGUGGACAGUACACUAUCUCAAGGGUCCUUUGUCUUUUUAACGAACAAAAGCGGGCCAUGUAGGAAGCCAAGUGACGUUGGUCCUAGUAAUCGGUCAAUAAGCCCCUUUCCUACCACAAUCAGCUAUAGCAAGGCCCUUAGUCCAGAUGUAUUCCUUGACAAAGAGGAGCUCAAGGUCCAAAAGCCCAUGAUGCCUCCUCGGCAUACUGAAACAAAACGCCCCGCAGAGAGCGUUGUUUCUACAGAUAUGAGGGUCUACGAGACCAUGCGGUUAUCUAUAGAUAGUAGUAGCUCUUCUACCCCGUUACUACGCACCCCAACCGGAGAAAGUGCGCAGCCCCCGUCUCUAACUGAAACAGAGCUAACACCAAUACCUGAGCACUCGAACAGAGUUCAAGAAAACGACGAGCAAACGUUCCAGGACCUAUUUAAUGCCCACUUUAUGCCAUCUACGGUAGACGAUGAGGUUCCAUUUAUGCCAACUUUAGGGCAAAGGGGUUCUGGAUCAGACUUUCAAUGCGCACACGUUACUCACAACACCUUUCAGACACUAGCUCACAACUCAGAGUCCGACAACCCAUCUUUUCAAGUGAUCACCAUUCCUAACCGCGCAACCAUUAAUCCGUCUCUCAUAGAUCAGGCUCAGCAAUAUCUGCAAACGAUUAAAAUAUUUAUUCAUCGAACAGCCCUACUUCUUUCUGAUCCAGCCGUCUCUAUAUUUAUUAAGUUGAAAAUGCUAAAUCUCUUGCUCUUGCUUUCCAAUGAAGCCAAGGAGCAUAAAUACACAGAGUUCUUUACCAUAAUGACUGAGUCAAGUUGCUAUGAUUCUAUUAUUCAUCUUAGUAUAAAGACAGAGCAGGGGUCGGUCCUACAUGGUCUAGCAUACAGCUUGCUUACUGCAGCUAUGAACACCCUUAAAACGUUUGCGCUCAAAUCUUCCAUGAUGACUGCUAUUCUACAUAAAAUCAGGCUUGUUUAUGAUAUGAAUUUGCUGUACACUGGACAAAAGGCUUUGCAAUGCCGCUCAUUUCAAGAAUUUGUAGACUACCUAUCUGUCAAUGGGCUGUAUCCCUUGCGAAGCCGAACAAGCUUGAUAUCCCUGUGCUUAGGAUUAGUGAAGUAUUGGAUCAGCACAUGCUGCGGAUACGACUUCUCAUUUUCGGGGUUGUUUACCCAAGCAUACAGCAUGCAGACUAGCACUCAAGAGAUAGGGCUCGGUAUAGAUUCGUCGACGGCUCGUGCUAAUAACCUUUCAGGAUCUAGGUCUGCUGCAUACGACUCGGCAGAGCCAGAGGUAUUGCAUAACUCAUCAUGCCAUUCCAAUAACACAUCGAUGCUUCCAAACUUCAUCAAUUUUGCCAAUCCAAACAAUCGAUGCGUCCUUGUGCCGAUACCAGGUAUAGUUGGCGAAGUGUCCAUUCUUCUAAUGAAGCGGUUCCUGUCUGUCUUUGUUCUCAGCACGCGCACAGCGCGAUAUUUCUACCACAUGCACCCCAUCCAGUACUACUCUACGCCCACAGGUAGGAUUGUAGCAUUGAACACCUCGCUCCGAGCAAGUAUUCCUCCACCUCCCUCAGCGCUCCUAACGGCAAGCUCUCUUGCAAGUAAUUCACACCAAAGUGGUGUAUACCCCCCUUCUGAUUCCCCCAAGCAGCUGGUCACCAGUGUCACAGGCGCCCUGCCACAUAGCGUGGUUCUUUCAAGUUACAUGCAAAAGAGUAUCAAUUGGCCCGGACAUAGUACUCUUCGUGAGGAAGACUUAGUCGGUCCGUGUUCCAUGUCUGGGGAUGAUGAGCUGUUAGAGACAAACAUGAGUAGGACAACAAGCAGGUAUACAAAUACCGACAAGCAAAACUUAUCCCAGAAGAUUGUAACCAGAUACACGAUAGAGGUCCCGCAGAGUCCGAUAAGAUUGAGCCAUCUUACUGAUGCACGUGCGGGAACAAGUGGAAUAAGUCUUCUGGAAUCAACAAGUCUUCUUGUUGCCUCUGCAACUGGCAGCAGCGUCACGCAUAGUGCAGCGCACGAAAUGCCCAGUUCCUCGUCUGCUAUACCGCCUCCGGGUUCGGGCAAUUUUGCGGAAGCUCCACGGACUCCUAACGAAUGCGAGACCCUCAGCGACCUAUCAGAUAGCCUAGUGCCUGAUAUUGUCCAUCAGUACAAGGACCUGCCCAUGUCACCUACAGUAUCUAUCUUGUAA